UAAAUUGAGUUGUUCAAUCUCAAAAGUAUGAUAUGAUAUAAUGAAAUUCUUUUGGAGAUGUGUUUACGGUGAAAACGUCCAUAUAGUUGCACGUUUUGACAAUUUAUGGUAUAAAUUCUUUUGAAUUUACAAUUAAUUCAUUCGCCAAUUGAUUUAAUUAUUAAAAAUGCAGUUGUUUGUACGUGGUCAAAAUAUUCAUGCUUUAGAAUGCCAAGGUUCUGAGAAUAUUUCUCAGAUUAAGGCAAAAUUAGCUGCAUUGGAAGACUUGGAAGAAAAUUUGAUUUCUUUAUAUUGCCAAGGAGAACCUCUCUAUGAUAACCAAGUUAUUGGAGAGCUAACCAAUUUCAAUGUUGAUCUUAUUGUUCCACUACUUGGAGGUAAAGUGCAUGGUUCUUUAGCCCGUGCAGGUAAAGUUAAGGGUCAAACUCCCAAGGUUGAAAAAGUUGAAAAGAAAAAGAAGAAAAAGACAGGACGGGCUAAGAGACGUAUACAAUAUAACAGAAGAUACGUCAAUGUUGUACAAACCUUUGGACGUAGGAGAGGUCCUAAUGCAAACUCAUAAUUUGUUCUUUUAUAUUUUAUUUUAAAUAAAUGAUUUAUCAUUUAUUAAAA